AUGCGCACUAUAGCGCUGCUGACGGGAAAAAUAAACAUGGCGGUGGAGAUGCCGAUGGAAGAUUUUCCCUACUUACCUUCGGGAGUUAAUGAGGUGAAUAAAAUGAUAGAGCAGCAUGGCGAUCUGUUUUCUGACUCCCAGUGUAAAAUCUGCAGCGCUGUCCUCAUUUCAGAGUCUCAGAAGUUGGCACACUACCAGAGCAAGAAGCAUGCCAACAAAGUGCGACGUUACUUUUCCAUUAAAAUGGAGACGGAGCCUGCAUUUAAAAAGUUAAAGCCGCUAUCUUCUGACAGCGACUACAACAAUGGAGACACGGAUCGAACUAAGGUGUGUCUUGUAUGUAACAUGACCUUUACUUCUGCCGUAACGGCGGAGUCUCAUUACCAGGGUGAAGUUCAUACCAAGAACCUGAGACUGAAGACAGUUGGGCCCCAGAUCCCAGCAUCCUCCCAGACAGGCGCAUUGCCUGCCCAGCUGAAGAAAGGCUCCGCUGAAGAGUCGAGUGGUGUCACAGCGAGGGGGAACAGCGACCCGCACAAAUUCUGCUCCAUCUGCCAGGCCUCGUUCAACAACCCGCUGAUGGCCCAACAGCAUUAUGUUGGCAAGAAGCAUAAGAAACAGAUGACUAAGAUGAAACUGCUGGAGACCUAUGGGCCUUCAACCACACCAGCUUCCACAGUGAAGGGCUACCCUUGCACAUUAUGUAAGUUAGAACUCAACUCCGUGGAGCAGUACCAGGCCCAUGUCAGCGGAGCCAAACAUAAGAACCAAUUGAAGAGGAUAGGCAUGAACCCUGCAGAAAACCAGCAAGCUCCAGGGGUCAAGCAGAACAACCACGACAAUGCCAAUAUGAGUGACAACCAGUACGGGGCUCGCAAAGACCAGUAUGGGGUCAGGCAAGACCAGUACGGGGUUGGGCAAGACCAGUAUAGGGCUGUGGAAAACGAGUACGCAGAGGAUUACCGGUACACUUGAGGCUGGACCUGUAGACUGGCUAGACUAGGCUGGACUCAGUCAGGACUCCUAAAGCCGCAAAAACAACCCCUUAACCCACUCCCACCAACCAGCGACCUCCUCCUCUUUAUGACUCCAUAUGCUGCCACCCCCCACCCCCCUCGACCAACAGUACUUCAUACUCCAGACCAGAAUGGCAGUCGCAGGCUUGCUCCUGAAGGGAUUUCUGGAAAGACAAAGUCCGAGUGUGGUUUAUAAAGCUGAAGUUCUAAAUACAUUUCAAUAUUUUAGUAGUUUGGGUCCCAGGCUCUGUAGCCUUUUCCUGAAACCAGAAGCUCCAUGACAUAAAGUGAUUUUAGCGGUAUUAUUCAUGAUGGCAUUCUUAACUAUGAUUCCGGCAGUGACGUGACUACCGUCUGCAUCACAGUUACAAAUGUGUUCAAGAGCUUGUAUUUGAGCUUCUAUACAAAAAUAAAUGUGUUAGAGCUUUUAUACAAUAACAACAAAGAUGUGUCUUAUAUGAUAUUUCCUUCUUUUUUUUUUGCAAAUUAACCUGUUUGCAUGAAAAUAUAGAGUACGUAACAUCGUUUCCCUGCUGCCUGGUUGCUGUGAACGCUGCCAUUGCAAUCCCAUUGUGUCUGUUUUCUCUCGACCUUUUGGACCUUGACCACAACCCAUCUACUAAAUCAUCUUUCUGAGCAUGACUAGUCUUUCUUAUGGUUGUUUUCGGCGUGGUCAUACUGCUUCCCUUUUGAAACUACACAUUCUGUCAUUUUUCAUUCAUACCUUCGGUCAAACCUCUUCCCUGAGGUAUGGAUGAACUGAUUUUGAUUGUGAGGAUUCAUAAUAGGACCAGCACCAGACUGAUAUUGGAUAUCUUACUCAUUGGAUCCCAACAGCGGUCCUCUGGGACCUUCAUGGUGCUGGUUUUUGACUAUAGUGUUUGUUGGAUGACUGCAGGAUAGAAAGCAGCCAUGCUGAAGGUCUCCUUGGACCGUAGUUGAGAACCAGUUGCGGGUGCACUCAAUUUGUCUUUCCAUGUAUCUUAAAGGAAAUUGCUUGCCCCCCCCCCCCCCCGUUAUCCUUGGACUUAUUUUAAUAGUUUUUGACAUUUUGUAUAUCAGUUAUGAUAUUUUACUCAUGUUAGUCAUCCCAUAAGAAACGGUUGUAGAAUGGAGUCCAGCAGUGGUCCCUUGUCAAAAAUAUUCAAAAUGAAGCCAGUGAGUAAAAUUAUAUAACUGAUAUAUAUGAUGGAUAAAACUAUGAAAAUAAGGUUCAGGUUGGGGGAAAAAUGGAAUUUUCCUCUGAACAACCUGCAAAAGUGUCAUUAAUGUGGUCAGUUACUAUAGAUGUCUUGAUGUGUAGAUGGCUCCAGAUGGUUUGUUUCAGGUCACAUUUCAGAUGAGCUGGGAGCAUCUCUGGCAUCCUGUCCACCUGUUUGAGUCUUUAGUUAUUUGUCAUUGAAUUCCAAGUAGACCUCUGGGGGGGAAAAAAAGAUUUGCAGAUGAUGUUACCAUGCGUACAAACUUGUUAGAACACAAAACUAGUAACGUAUCCUAUUACUGAGUUAAUGGAGCUCUGUAGAACAUGGCUGGGUUUUGUCUGGGCUACAUAGAUUUUUGAUCACGUUGUGAACCUAGCCACUUCCGUACCUGGUAUGAAGUUUCUUUUUAUCCUAAUUUUAAAGUGUGAAUGUAAAAUGUCCUUGUUUGACAAGGGCUUUUUUUUUUAUAUGUAUGUAUGUGAGCAUGUGUGUGUGUGUGUGUGUGUGUGUGUGUGUGUGUGUGUGUGUGCGUGUGUGUUACUACUUAAAGUGACACUUAGGUUAAUUGAAAACUGUCCAAAAUAAAAUGACUUAUCAAACGGCUCAACCAGAGAAAGUAUCUUCAACAGCUUCAUCAACCAUGUGGUUUUUUCUGAACUUCUGUAGUUGGUUCAAGGCUGGACUAAAUCACAGACUGCUAGUAUGGGUUUGAAUUAUCUGGAUAGGAUAUAGAUUCUUGGGAAUUGUCCCGUUGAAAUGGUCAGUCCAGUAUCGGGUCUGGUAUCAGGAUUUUGUACCAGAUCCGGUAUCGGGUCUGAUAUCAGGUGAUUCAGAAGGCUCGGCUCUCUGCUCAUGUGCUUGUACAUAGUAUUUCUUAUAUGAUAUUGGCUGUGUGCUGUUUAAGAGUCGCCUAAAGUUUAAAAGUUCUUAUUUAGUUUUUUCCUCAAGUGAUAAUUUACUGGUGACUUAAUUUAGUCAUAGGUCAAGCAGAAAUAUCAUUAUUGUUUUAUUUCAAAGCCUGUAUAUAUUUAAAAGAAAUGUUAGAAGACACUCGUAGGUUCAUUGUUGAGUCGUUUUUUCGUCCUGUGCUACUUUCAGAAGUUCAGUGAGUUCUAACAGUAGGUGUCACUAUAUUCACUUGGCAGCUUUUCUCAGUUUUUUUCAUUUAAAAUCACCUCGGUUGUCUGUCACUGUCUGGCAGCCUGUCAAGUCCCAGUCACACUCAUUUCACAUUUACUUCCUAACCUGCUGUGUGUUUGUGUGUCACGAGAUGGACACAUGUAAUGUUUCUGUUUGACCCUCCGCAAAGACGUCUGCUGGAGACUGCCUCACCCAGAGACGGUGGAGAUGGAGUGACAUGAGCUUUUUGUUUUCCUAUUUUAUUACCACCAAAGCUGCCAUCUAGACAACAAAUGAGCGCACUUGGUUUUUAGUAAUUAGAGCUUUGGGAAUUCUGUCGCAUUUGUCAAUCCAGAAACUUCUGUGUUUACUAAUGGGAAAAUAAUGUCCUCAUUUGCAGGUCAAGUUUCAUGAAAUUCUGUUUUCAUACCAACUCUCACCUGCAGAAAACAAUGGCACCUUUUAAGUGACGGCUUGUUGAAAGCUGACGUGUGUCAGAGCUCCCGUCUGACUCCAGCACCAUGUGGUUGAUGGGAUAGUGUGUGUUUUUGGACAGCGAUCAAAUGGUUUUAAUGGUUUUAGAAACCAUUAACCUGAUCCUUAUGCUUUCCUGUAGGCAUGCCAGUACAGACCAUCAGCCACUCUCAACACAACCAUUCAAACCAUAGAAAAAUUCCAUAAUGGUUCUUAUGGGGGGUUUUCCAGCAGGAAUCAAAUGCAUUGUGUCUCAAACAAUCAUCGAAUGCAGACUCUUCCAGAAUGGAAAUAGGAAAGCUGAAGAACACAGCUUAAUAAGCCUCAAGUCGGUUUAGGAGUUGAAACUGAUUUUGAUAAACUGAGAAAUAUUUUUCUCCUUUUGGGGGGAUUCAAGGUUAUUGAAGUUGCGUGGCUCCAUCUGCAUAAAGCAGUUUGAAGAUGAACAAUGAAAUGUCCAUAAGGAUGAGUUUCUGCUCAACACUGUCAGUGGAUGUAAAGCAGUGGUUAAAUAAGGAAGAAUUAUGUAAUAAGCCUUUUGCUAACGUAUGAUUUUCUUUGUGCUGUUCACUUUUUUACCCUUUUUUGUUGAAAAGUGAAAAGCUUGUGCAUUAUUUUCUGUUGCCUCAUCUUAGAUGUGAACUUUGCAAAGUGAGGAAAGGAAAUGCCCACAUAGUUCAUCAGACCAGCCUGUUAGAUGCAUGGUUUGUGCUCCAGAGUUGCUGUCAAAUAGGGGAAGUCAUGAUUACUUAAAAAAGUGAUGUCAAACUGGAAUUUUUCUUUUUGUCGAUGUUUUUUUUUUUAACAAACUGACCAAUUUCAAUGAAUGUCUCCAUACAUUUGUCAGCUGAAGUUAGAUGGAUUUUCAUUUGGAUGUAAUUCAUACAAAGAGGGCUUUAUGCAUAUAGGAACUGAUUCUAUAAUCCAUGGUGUAAAAAAACAGCAGGAUGGCCUUGUUUUGUUGGUCAUUGUUGGUGUGUUCGCUGUUGUGCUAUAAAGGAUAAGAUUUAUUUUCAGUACAAGCUAUGUAUGGAGAAAAGAGCUAGUAAGAUGUACAUCUAGUAAAAUGUUUGA